CUUUCCUUCUUUUGCCUAAUUUACCUCCCUCGUCGACAACUCUACUCUACGCGGAGUCUUUCUAGCCAUUGGCAACAUUUGUUUCGUUUGAAUGAAAGGUUUAUUUUCUUUGCUUCAUUUGCUGAAGAAGGUAAAGGCGGGCUCUUCCUUGUAGUUAAUGUCACUCUGGGUUCGUUUCCUUUAUGACCAAGGGAUAAACUGAAAUCUAUGAAAUGGGAUUUGUCCGGGGUCCAAAUAUCAGAAGUGGGGAUUACUUGGAAGGAAUGCUCAGUGAUUAUGUUGGAGGAAAGGCUAAGGUCAAGGCUCCUAGGAAUGCCUCUACUCGGCUUGUGACAGCUCUCACCUGCCUGCAAUUUGCCUUUGCAGUGUAUGCAACAUUCCUUUUGUAUUACAUGAGUCCAGCAGUGGAUUUAAGAACCAAACCAGACUUUACUUGGGCUACAAGGAUUGCGAGGAACAUGAAACAGUUCGUCAUCCCACCACAUGUUCUUGGACGCUACCAAGAAGCUGCUUCCCUCAUCAGAGCUGAAGUCCCUCCAAUUACCCCAUCCAAAGUUUGUGAGCAUGAGAAGAUUGAUUUCAUGCAGAAGAAGUCCAAUGAUGUUCAGAUGAUCAAGUUGAAGAGAGAGUUGUAUGAUGAGGUACUGGAUUUUCAAAGCAAGACCAUUGGAACAGAAACUCUGGCUGAGCUAAUGGCAAUGAAAUCCAAGUGGGAUAUGCGUGGUCCAAACAGACCAAAAGUGACAGUGCUCUUGAACCAUUUCAAGAGAAAAACACUAUGUGCCCAGCUUGAUUCAUUGCUCCAACAGACGCUCCCAGUCCAUCAUGUUUGGGUGCUUUCAUUUGGAAGUCCAAAUGAGCUCUCUCUGAAGAGAAUUGUUGAGAGCUACAAUGAUUCAAGGAUCAGCUUCAUUAGUUCAAGCUAUGAUUUCAAGUACUAUGGCAGGUUCCAAAUGGCUUUACAAACAGAAGCUGAUCUGGUUUAUAUCCUUGAUGAUGACAUGAUUCCUGGGAAGAAAAUGCUACAGAUUUUAUCUCAUGUGGCAGGAACAGAAAAGUAUAAAAACUCUGUUUUGGGCAGCAUAGGAAGGAUCUUGCCUUCCAGACAGAAGGAUUUCACAUUCCCAAGCUAUAGGAAAUUUCGAUCCAAGGAGGCAGGGCUUUACUUGCCUGACCCUGCCUAUGAUAUUACUGUUGACAAAAUUGUGCAGGUGGAUUUUCUUUCCAGCUCAUGGUUCUUAUCUGCAGAGCUUGUGAAGGCACUUUUCAUUGAGACACCUUUCACAUUCAUGACUGGUGAAGAUCUGCACCUUAGCUAUCAGCUUCAGAAGUACAGAAAUGCUGGCUCAUUUGUUCUUCCAGUUGACCCAACUGACAAAGAAACUUGGGGAGACAGUGAACACAGGCUUGCUUAUGUGUCUGAAACCACUGUAAUCUUCAAGGACAUAGUUCAAGUCAGAGAUGAUCAGUGGUGGAGGGCACUGACUACCGGUUAUAUAACUCAGUGGGCUGCAAUGUAUCCUCAAAAGAUUGAUGCCCUCUUUUAUGCUCACUCUGUUGAUGAGGUCAAAGCACUUGCACCACUGCUUGAAAAGUUCAGGUCUACUGUUGGCAAGAAGGCUUAUAUUGUAGUGUCCGGAGGCGGUUUCUGCCCAUGUGAAGAUGCUGCAGCAGCUUUGAACUGGCCAAAGUUGGUUUGUAAAGAGCGAAGAUUUAAGAUUUUCGAUUUGCAAAUUGGGGCACUUGCGGGAGCAUCAAAGUCUGAGGUCCCUGUUCUGCAGGCAGUGUACUCUAGCAUGAAAGGGUUGAUCAAAAUUCACAACCCCAGUGUGGUGAUCACUGUGACAGACAUUGACCCCAAUGUGAAGAAAGCUUUGAAGUUGGCAUCCGAGACGAAUGCAAAUGGUACUGCACUGGUACUUCUACCAAGGUCAUCUGUCUCAAAGGUUCUAUGGAUGGCUGAUCUAAGGUCAACAGCAUUGCCAAAUUGGAACCGGAUGAGGAUCUCUGUCAACAUAAUCACCCAAAACCGUGCUCCUUCCUUAACAAGGCUGCUUCAAUCUCUCAGUGAUGCAUACUAUGUUGGAGAUGAGAUUCCUAUAAGCUUCAAUAUGGACAGCAAAGUGGAUGAGGCAACCAUCAAACUUGUAGAUUCAGUUGAGUGGCCUCAUGGUCCUAAAACACUCAGAAGGAGAAUCAUUCAAGGGGGGCUGAUUCGAGCAGUAAGUGAGAGUUGGUACCCAACGUCAGAUGAUGACUAUGGCCUACUACUCGAGGAUGAUAUCGAAGUCUCUCCUUACUACUAUCUAUGGAUUAAAUAUGCUCUCUUAGCCUACCAUUAUGAUCCUCAGAUCUCCCUUCCUGAGCUCUCAUCCAUCUCUCUUUACACUCCUCGACUGGUUGAAGUUGUGAAGGAAAGGCCAAAAUGGAACCCAACUGAGUUCUUCAAGCGCAUUCACCCCAACACACCUUACCUUCACCAGCUACCUUGCAGUUGGGGUGCACUGUUCUUCCCCAAGCAUUGGAGAGAGUUCUACGUGUACAUGAACAUGAGGUUCACUGAAGAUGCGAAAGCAAACCCAGUUCAAAUCCCAAAGUCUAGAACAAAUGGUUGGCAAGCUUCAUGGAAGAAGUUCCUCAUCGACAUGAUGUACCUCAGAGGCUAUGUUAGCCUCUAUCCCAACUUCCCAAACCAAGCUAGCUUCUCAACUAACCAUAUGGAACCAGGGGCCCACAUCAGUGCCAAGGACAAUGCCGUUAGGCAUGACAAAGCAGACUUUGAAGUCCCAUUGCUUAAGGAAGAUUUUAGACCCCUGUUGCCUAAAGGGAAGAUGCCGCCAGCCUCAAAGCUGCCAUCACUCAACCUGUUCAACCAACCUGUUUCCCUCAAGGGGCUCAAGGCAGCAGGAGCCAAGCUGGGUCAAGAUGUACUACGAUGCGAUAAUGCUACAGAGAUCGUGACGGUUAAUCAUGUCACAGGCCUGCCACAGCAAUGCUCAAAAUUCCUUUGAUUGAAUCCCUUUUGCUAUUGGUUAUUCUUUAUUUCUUUCAUAAUUCACCAAUGUACUAUUUUUGCUACUUUUUUUAUUUAUACCUGAAUCAAUGGAACCAUAAAAAAAAAAAAAGGAGGGGAAGAAACAGUGAGAAACAAAGGUUUAACAUUGUUUCUUCCUUGAUUGAUAUACCAAUUAUUGGAACUGGGAAGCAGGAUUAAUGGGGAAAAGAAUUGAUGUUACCCAAUGAAAGCCAAAAGUGGCUCUGCUGUAAAUUGUAAUUGUCUCCAUAAACAAAAACAUUAAA